UCUAUUAAAUUAAUUUGAUUUUAUGACCAAUUGGCUGUAUUCUCAUUUCUCCAGCUACUGCUAUAUGUCCAAGUCCAACCACCCUAUCUCCUUCAUGUGAUUUUUCUUGGGAAUUGCAUCAAACAAAGCAAACAACAAGAUCUGCAAGAAGCCUAGAUUUGCUUCUUACAGAAAACCAUGGCUGAAACUCAAGAAACAGUUUUCAAGUCAGUACAAGAACUAGCAAAUAGCAAUCAAGUUCCAGAAAAAUAUAUUCAUACACAAGGGUUAAUCAAUACCUCUUCUCCCCUACUGGAUGUGCCACACGUUGACCUUAGCCUUCUCAUAUCACCAACAUCCCCAGCUAAACAGCAAGAGCUCAACAAACUUCAAUCAGGCUUCAAGUUUUGUGGCUGCAUCCAGGUCAUAAAUCACGGUCUAGCAGAUUCAUUUCUUGACAAAGUGCAUGAAAUUAGCAAACAGUUCUUUGCUCUUCCAGCUGAAGAGAAGCUUAAAUAUGCCAGAACAGUUGAUGACAUUUAUGGAUACGGAAACGAUUCAGUUCUUUCAGAUAAGCAAAAGCUUGAUUGGACUGACAGAUUGUAUCUAAAUGUGUUCCCUGAAGAUAUAAGAAACCUCCAACUGUGGCCCCAAAAACCUGAAUGUUUUAGGGAAGUUUUUGAAGAAUAUAUCAAGAAUAUGAAGUUGUUGAGUGAGUCCCUCCUUAAGGCCAUGGCAGCAUCAUUGAACAUGGAGGAGAACUGCUUUCUGGACCCCUGUAGAGAACCCGGAGAGAUGGUUGCAAGAUUCAACUUCUAUCCUCCGUGUCCAAGGCCUGAGGUUGUACUCGGAAUCAAACCACAUGCUGAUGCAUCGGCCAUUACCAUCCUGUUGCAAGACAAAGAAGUUGAAGGGCUUCAGGUUCUCAAAGAUGAUCAGUGGUUCAGAGUGCCUGUUGUCCCAUAUGGUCUCCUCGUUAAUGUUGGAGAUCAAGUUGAGAUAAUGAGCAAUGGUAUCUUUAAGAGCCCUGUGCACAGGGUGGUAACAAAUGCAGAACGAGAAAGAAACACCCUUGCUGUUUUCAUUAUGCCAGAUGUAAAUGUUGGGAUUGGACCAGUGGAGAAGCUUAUCAAUGAGGAAAGGCCAAGAGCGUACAAGGACGUUAAGAAUUAUGUUGAACUCUUCUUCCAAAGCUAUCAGCAUGGGAAAAGACCAAUAGAAACAGCAAUGGUAUGCCAAGAACAACAUUAGCUGCUAACAAAAAGCUCCCUUUCUUACUUUCCAUCCAACCCCUGCUGACAGUAUGUUUUUCCUUUUUUUCUCUAUUUGUAUUUUUACUAGUCGUGGUUGCCUUUACUGUACACGAGUCCAACACUGAGAUCUGCACAUGCUUUGAGAAAUGCAAGAUCUUGAAUAGGAGAAAGACAAUAGUUUGAUCUAGAACCUAUUGUUAUUCAUUUACGAAAUAUACCAAUUUCAUAAUAUUUACCAAA